AUGCUUCAGUCCUUGCUCUUGGAUCCAACUCCAGCAAAGAUCUUCGCAAAUUUCAGACGAUUUCUGUUCGGCUUCAGUCGUCUGGAAGUGUGCCUCAUCUUUUUCUCAUCAGUUUUGUUAUGCUCUCUGAUUGGCGUUUGUGUUUUAUGGCUAGUUAUUCUUCAGGGAUAUCGACAAAUUUUUGACGGUACAUUCUUCUCGCCGAUAUUCCUGACCAGUGUCAGUAGUGAGGAUAAUGUUAAAUUAGCUUACGAUAAAAGCGCCACUCAUCACAAUAAUGUGGUGUGCACAUCGAAGGAAUGUGUUCUUAUCGCGGGUUUCUUGGCAGGCAAUCUCAAUGAUAAGAUUGAUCCCUGUGAUGACUUCUACGAAUUUGCAUGCGGAAAUUAUGGACUUAAUCGACAUCUACCGGCCAGCAAACCGCUUAGGCAUACGCUUAGCGAUAUGCAAACGCGACUCAACAAACAAGUUAAAAAAUUGCUUGAUUCGCCAAUAACGGAAACGGAUCGUAAAUGGGAUCGAUUAGCGAAACGAUACUAUAAAAAAUGUCUUCAAGAGGAGGUAUUAGAACGGAAUGGAGUAUCAGCGAUUCGUAAAUUGCUUCGCGACUUGGAUGGAUGGCCAGUCCUAGAUGGGGAUGAUUGGCGGGAAUGGUCACACAGUUGGGAAAAGCAGUUAGCAAUUGUUCUGAAUAGAACUGGUGUUAAUGCAGUCAUCGUUGAACUGGCGGUAUCGCAUGAUCCAGACAAUAGCUCGAGGAGUAUCAUUGAGCUUGAUCAACCCAAAUGGGGUGUUGGUUCAAGAUGGCCGUAUUUGACAGGUCCCGAUGAUCGGAUGAUCCAGAAUUAUACAUCGUUAAUGAUUCAAACGGCAGUCAAUUUGGGUGCUGAUCGAAAGAUAGCCGAAAGGGACAUGAGGGAGGCCAUGGAAUUCGAGUUGAAAUUGGUGAAUUUUUCGGCAGAUGAAAUGGUUCGCAGAGAUCCCGACCGAAGUAAUAAUCCAUUUCAGCUUUGGCAAUUAAAAGAUAUGUUCCCAUAUAUUAAUUUCGAUGAAUACAUUCGGACCGUUUUCAAGGAUCUCGUUGAAAUAACUCCAAAUGAUACCGUGAUUAUGCGAGAGAUUGAAUAUUUCCGUGGAAUACAGCACGUGAUGCGAACGACCAACAAACGAACAUUAUCAAAUUAUGUGGAGUGGAGGAUAGUUCAAGUAUAUUCACUGUUUUUGCCACCUACAAUGCGUGAACCAUUCUAUGAGUUUAAAGCUAAUCAAACUGGAAUGUUCAACUCACCGAUUCCAGAAAGAUGGGAAGAUUGUGUGUUUCUUUCGCUAGCGAUGUUGGAUAUGCCCGUUGGUAAACUGUAUGUUGAGCAUUAUUUCGAUAAAGAGCGUGCAAUGCGAAAGAUGACCGAGCUGACAACGUACUUCAAAAAUGAACUUAUUUCACAGUUGCACAGUGUCGAUUGGAUGGAUGACAUGACAAAAAAGAGAGCGAUUGAAAAAGCAAAGUGUAUCGAAUAUAAAAGUGGAUUUCCGUCAUACAUAUUCAACGAAACAUGGAUGAACCAGAAUUGGGGCGGUGAAGAACCAACCGAUUCAGAGCCAUUGCUGCAGCUGACCGUACGAAUCAAGCUAGCACGUGUCGCAGAUGAACUGGUCAGAUUGAAAAAGCCGGUCGAUCGUUCAAUUUGGUUUCAGAGUCCAGCCCAAGUGGACGCAUAUUAUGCACCAAAUUUGAACGAAAUGAUCUUUCCUGCUGGAAUCAUGCAGUUCCCGUUCAUGUCCGUUGGUGUACCAAACUACAUAACCUAUGCAAUGGUUGGGGCUGUUGUUGGUCAUGAAGUGUCGCAUGCAUUUGAUGAUCAAGGCGGGCGAUACGAUAAAGUGGGCAAUUUAAACGAUUGGUGGGAUGGGCAGACGGCGAAUAAAUUUUAUGAAAAAACGGAAUGUUUUAUCAAGCAGUACGAAGCGGUAAAAGUUGAGGAAGUUGGUGUGCAUCUCAAUGGACGACUAUCCGUUGGUGAAAAUAUCGCCGAUAACGGUGGUGUUAAAACGGCUCUCAUGGCCUACAAAUCAUGGAUCAAAAAUACCACCUCAACUGAGGCAUCACUUCCUGGUUUCCAAAAUUUCACCAGCGAACAAAUGUUCUUCCUUGCUUAUGCCAAUGUAAGUUUUGUUUUGCUUUCAUUACGACCGAAGCAUUAUGUGCAGUUGAUAAUGACUGAUGUGCAUGCACCGAGUAAAUAUCGUGCAAUAGUGCCGUUGAGAAAUCGCAUUGAAUUCGCGGAUGCAUACCAUUGCGCACCAGGAACGCCGAUGAAUCCCGUUCAAAAAUGUGCCGUUUGGUAG